ACAAACACCAUCACCAGCGCUCGCGGUGCAGCUGGAAAUGUUAAUUUUGCUGCUGUUUUCAGCCGUUUUCAUCGUGGAAACUGCACAAAUUACCAAGGACAAAGAUGCGGCCGCAUCGAACCAAUCGUCCACCUUUAACCCGCUCAGCCCGCUGGUAAAGUGUUCCUUCCUGCCGCCCGAAUUUAUGGACUGCGAUGAGCCGAUCAAUUUGAAGGGAAACCGUACCGCCCGGGAUGCGGGCGCUAAUGGGUGCGUAAAGUUUGGCGGUGUGUACUACGACGAGGUGGAGGUAACGAAGGUCAACUGUAUUGUGUUUGAAAAUAUUGAAUGUUACGGAGCGCGCGAAUUUCUACGCGAUGGAAUACCGUGCCUGAAGUACACGGACCAUUACUUCGUUACGACGCUGCUGUACAGUAUACUGCUCGGAUUUCUCGGCAUGGAUCGGUUCUGCCUUGGGCAGACGGGAACGGCGGUCGGAAAGCUGCUGACGUUGGGCGGUGUCGGCAUCUGGUGGAUCGUGGACAUUGUGCUGCUGAUCACGAACAACUUACUGCCCGAGGAUGGUAGCAAUUGGAAUACGAAGGUGUGAAGGGA